ACUUAGAUAAUAAUAAUUGUGCUUUUGAUCUGUGAUUUGACUUUUUAUUUUUUUACAUUUAGGCACGUCAGUGUUGCAAAUUAGUUUUAAAUGUUAAUUAAAUGGGUAACAUCUUUAGUUUUACAAAAUUCAAUUUCUCUUAAAAUAUAUUAUACAAAUCGAAUAAAAUUGGGUCUUCCUUAUUCUUCCUAUAUAUACAAAAAGGUAAUAUAAUUUUUAAUCGAAAUACAGUUGCAGUACUCUCUCUAUGAAUUGCAACCCUUCUAUCUCUAUAUAUACCUGUACAGUUGGCUUCACCCUCUCGGCUUCACCCUCUCUCUCUCUCUCUCUCUUUCUACAUGGCAUGAUAACCAAACCCAGUUCGGACCUUCUUGAAGUUCAAUCUUUGCUUCCCAGGAAUCUGAAUCCAUCGUCCAAAUCCUUCCUUUGUCCCUUUAAUGGUUGCAACCAUGAAAAGGCACGCACUUACUCUUACUGAAUUUGAUCAACACUUGCAGUUCUCUUUCUGUCGUUCUUGUGAAGCCCACAUUGCCUUACAAUCAGAUUUUGCAGGCGCUGACGCCACAUACAGUAAAGCCAUUUUCCUAGACGCUGUCAAUGUUGUUAUUGAUGGCCCAAAUCGUCAUCAUAUGGAAGGUACUGACAAAGUAGCUGAUGUUCACUGUACUAGAUGCAAUACCCUUCUGGGCUCACAAUAUAUUGAAGUUGAAAACAGCAAAGGACGUGUCAGGGCAGGAAGAUUCGGACUGUUUUUCAACAAGCUCCGUUUCUGGAAUGGAAGCGCUCCUUUGGCUUGGCAAUAAUUCAACCAGUUUCAAAUACACGGAUUGGUCACUGCACAGAGUGACAGGACAUCAAUUUGAAGGGCUUCAUUGAAAUAUGUUUGUUCAGUUUCUUUUUCUUGAAGUUAGAAGUGAAAAAUUCUUUUUGUUAAUUUGGGAUGUGCAAGUGUUUUUAGUUGGGGAAUUCAAAUCAGAAGGAACAUAAUUUGAAUAUGCAUUUUGAAGCUGCUAUAAUAAGAAUCCUGUAAUCUGCUUAUGCUGUAAUAUUACUUGUAUAUCUUAGUUGCUUUAAAA